CUGCAACUGUUCCCAUAAACCUGGGAACAGAAAACUGCCCAGCUAAGCUCCCAUAAGACUUCAUACAGCUUCAUGCUCUGCACUGUGACGAUCACAGAAGCCAAGACAGAAGCAAGUGAAGACACUCUGAAGCGUCAGUCUGCACAACAAAGCUGGGAACAAAGGAACCUGCCAGCUCACAAUUCAGCAGUCUUAAAGGAGCUUCAUCCCAGUGAGCUUUCUUACGCUAACAGGUCUCCUAAAAGAAGACAGCUCACAUUUGGCUGCCUGUUGUCAACUUUUUAUCUUUCUCUUGACCACUUAGAAAAACUUGUCUUCCUACUUUUGCCUUCCUGGCAUAAUGGAAAAAGUGCAAUACCUCACUCGCUCGGCUAUCAGGAGAGCCUCCACUAUUGAAAUGCCUCAGCAAGCACGUCAGAAUCUCCAGAACCUAUUUAUCAAUUUCUGCCUCAUCUUGAUAUGUCUGCUGCUGAUCUGCAUCAUUGUGAUGCUUCUGUGAAGAGCUGCCGCCACUCCAGACCUGCAAGAUGCCAACUCAGCUUAAAACCGAGCACUCCGUCAUGGGGGAAGCAACGCACCGCUGCCUUCUCGCUGAGAACAGCUUUGUGAGGGUCACGAUUAAGAGCGAAACUAAUUGUUAGCCAGUGUAUUCAUCUGCUGGAUCUUGUAAACAAACUUUACAAUGACUAAGUGUGCAUAAUGUAGCUGCCAAUUUCCUCAACAUGGCUCAUAAAUUUCCUUCCUAAAUAUUUCCGACAAUGAAGUAUGAGUUUUAAUUUUGAAACACCACUACGAAAAAAAUUCACUUUCUGUAUCCAGCUCUAGCAAGGUCACUUUAGAGCUCCAGCCUGGGGAAGAAGUGCAAUGUAUACUGCAUUGCCACUGCCUUUUUUAUAGGAACUAAGUGUUCUUCAGUUCUCCACAAAGUAGGAAGUAGUCAUUUACAUGAAGUGUUCUUAUUGAACAUAGCUCACUGGGUCCUCACAUAGAUGACACAAUGAUGAUGACGAUGAUGACAAUUCAAAACUCUUGGUCAUUACUGUCAGAACAAAUUCCUUGAAAAAAAUGUUGUGCCCUUUUUCUACACACUAAUAUUUUUAAGCUUAUGAGUGUUAAAAAGGGAAAUGUAAGAACAUAUUCUCAUAUAAAAUUAUUCACUAAUUUUGCUCAAGGACUGUGGAAUUCAAGUACAUGAACAUUAACCACAAAUCUGCUCUCUCUAGGGUUUGAUCAACAAGCAAGAACAUCUUGCUGUGUUGGCUGUGAUAAUCACUAAAACACCAGAAUCUCACCUGAAGUUUGACGCUGUCAUGUAGCUCCUUGGUUUAAUAGCGUUUCUCCAAUAAUGAAGAUAACAAUAACAAACAAGCUGUAGUAAGACACAGCUCUUUCUUUUCCUCAUCUCCCAGAGAGGAAGUGGUUGUCCCCUAACUUUAGAAGUAGAACUAGAGAGCUAGUGUAUAAUUCUUACUGACCAUGGUUUCAAUUUCCCUUUCUAAGUUUCUACUAUCUCUCAAUAACUACAAAAAUAGGAGCAAAAAAUAGAUUGGAAAAUAUAUUCACCAAAAUUUAGUGACUUAAACUGGAUCAAGUACAAAACAGUUUACACCUAACUUUGCAAACCCACAAUUUUUAAGUCCCGUUCAAAAUAUGCUACUACCAUAGCAAUUAUUAAGGAAGAGAAUUGUAAUUAGAUAUAUUUCCAUAACGAUUACUACAAAGACAUAAAGCAUCAGUACUCACUUUGGUCUUUAACAGAGCAGCUGAAGGCACGCUGAUUUAAAUUGUUUGAAUGCCUGGUGGAAAGGGAGCUGUUUGGGUUCAGAAAUUAUCUAAAGAGCAGCCCCUAGGAGUCCAAUGUUAAUAGGGGGUCUCUUCAUAAAGGCUGGAGAGGCCCAUCCCAGAAACUGUAAAACAUGGAUUACAUCAUCUCUAAAUCAGUGGUAUUUAACGUUCCCUUUCUGACGCUGUGACCCUUUUACAUAGUUCCUCAUGUUGUAGUGACACCCAACAAUAAAAUCAUUUUUGUUGCUAUUUCAUAACUGUAAUUUCACCUCCAUACCUCCAUUAUGAAUUGUAAAUAUUUUGGAAACAGGUUUGCAUGAGGGGUUGCAACCCACAGGUUGAGAACCUCUGGUAAAAGGUCUGUAAAAAGUACAUAAGUUCUGUAGUUGGCCAUGCUGAGAGAAAAGUGACGCUGAAGCUGAAAAGCACCAGGCAUUCAUUAUAUUGCUCACUACCACAUCAACUUCAAGGUAUAAACUGUCAGCUCGUAAGGCUCUUCUCAUUAAACAUUUAAUGUUGCCUUUUA